CUUUAAUUCUACAUUCAUUUUUUCCACACAAAACUAUACUACUAUUUUGCAGUUUAUAAUUCCUUCAAAAUACGAAUGCAGGGAAGAAGAGGGAGGAGGCUGAGGUUCAUCACUUCUCCUAUACCAUUUGAUUUUGAUUUGAAAUACUCUGAUGGAUUUAUCUAACCACAGCCCUAAUCCAGAUAUCUUUAAUCAACUCGACAAUUCUUCUCCAUCCUCAAUUCAUAUUAUCGAUUCUUCAGGCACCGAUACCAAUCUCCAAGACCCUAAUUGGGCUUCUCUUGUUAGCGAAACCCCUUGUUCCGACGUGAAUUCGGUCCAAGGUGACCUCCUUUCGCUGCCUGUCCCCAAAGGAAAGAGGCGCGGUCGGCCGCGGUAUGCAGCGUGGUCUUUGAAUAAUGGCUCGCGCAAUGCGGGGGCUUCGGUUAUCAAGACCCAGAUGCAGAACACGAGCAAUUCGAUAAAGGAAAAACAGGGUUCUAGUUCGAAUUCUAGUACCCCGGCCAAGAAAACCAUUGAUGGCAUGUCGGAUGAGAUAAUCGUGAUUAACAAGGAUGCAACAGCUGAGGCCUUGAUCGCAUUGACUGCCGGCUUCCCAGCAGAUUCUCUCACAGAGGAGGAAGUAGAUUACGGCGUGGUGUCUGAGGUGGGCGGCAUUGAGCAGGUAAACUACAUCUUAAUUAGGAACCACAUAAUCACAAAAUGGCGAGAGAACGUGUCCACCUGGAUUACAAAGGAGAUGUUUGUGGGUGUUGUCCCGGAGCAUUGCAGGCCACUCUUGGACACCACUUACGAUUACUUAGUUUCUCAUGGCUAUAUCAACUUUGGUGUGGCACCUGCAAUAAAAGAGAAGAUUUUGGUGGAGCCAAAGAAGCCAAACGUGAUAGUGGUAGGGGCCGGGCUUUCCGGGCUGGCUGCUGCAAGGCAGUUAAUGGCUUUUGGAUUUAAGGUGACGGUUUUGGAGGGGCGAAGGCGUCCUGGUGGGAGAGUGUACACAAAGAAAUUAGGCAACGGCAAUACAGUUGCGGCUGUGGAUUUGGGAGGAAGUGUGUUGACGGGCACUUUGGGGAACCCACUCGGAAUUUUGGCUCGGCAGUUGAAUUUCGUGCUUCAUAAAGUUAGAGAUAAGUGCCCCCUUUACAGAGUUGAUGGGAUGCCCGUGGACCCUGAUUUGGACAGGAAAGUCGAGACCUCUUUUAAUCAGCUCUUGGAUAAAUUGAGUAAAGUCAGACAGUCGAUGGGAGAGGUUUCGCGCGAUGUGUCUCUUGGGGCUGCCCUGAUGACAUUCCGGGAGGCUUUCACUGAGGAGGAAAAUAGCCUCUUCAAUUGGCAUCUCGCUAACUUGGAAUAUGCUAACGCCAGUUUAGUCUCGAUGCUUUCGCUUGCGUUUUGGGAUCAAGACGAUCCGUAUGAUAUGGGAGGUGACCACUGUUUUCUGCCGGGAGGAAAUGGGAAACUGGUCGAGGCUUUGGUGGAGAAUGUGCCCGUUCAGUAUGGGAAAACUGUCGAGUCCAUUCAUUAUGGAGGUGAUGGAGUUCAGGUUGCUGUUGGAGGGGGUCAGGUUUACAAGGGCGAUAUGGUACUUUGUACGGUCCCGCUUGGUGUUCUGAAGAGUCGCUCGAUCAGGUUUGUCCCCGAGUUGCCUCAGAGGAAGCUUGACGCGAUAAAGAGGUUGGGAUUUGGGGUGUUGAAUAAAGUUGGGUUGCUAUUUCCGCACGUUUUCUGGGGGACUGAUCUUGAUACGUUUGGGCAUCUCUCUCAUCAUUCGGGCAGUCGUGGGGAGUACUUUCUUUUCUACAGCUAUGCCACAGUUGCCGGAGGCCCGCUUUUGAUUGCUUUAGUUGCAGGAGAAGCUGCUUACAAGUUCGAGAAUGAGGAUCCUACAGUGUCUGUGAGGAAGGUGCUUGGGAUUCUUAAAGGAAUAUAUGAACCAAAAGGUAUCGAAGUCCCGAAUCCUCUUCAGACUUGCUGUACGAGAUGGGGCAGUGACCCCUUGAGUCGCGGUUCUUACUCGAGUGUUGCAGUUGGGGCCUCAGGUGAUGACUAUGAUAUUUUAGCCGAAAGUGUGGGAGAUGGGAGGCUUUUUUUCGCCGGCGAGGCUACUAAUAGGCGAUAUCCGGCAACUAUGCACGGUGCAUUGCUUAGUGGGUUUAGAGAAGCUGCUAACAUGGCUCAUUAUGCUCGAAUUAGAUCCUCGGGUUUAACAGUCGAGAAAAAUCCAUCGCAAAACGCGCACACUUGCGCUUUAAUUCUCGCAGAUUUAUUCAGGCAGCCCGAUUUCGAAUUCGGCAGCUUUGCAGUACUUAACGGCCGGAAAAAUGCUAAUUCGAUGGCGAUUUUGAAGGUGACGUUUGGAGGGAACCGGAAGAAGCCAGAUCAGCAAUAUUCGAACAAGUUACUUUUCGAGCAGCUUCAGUCUCAUUUUAAUCAGCAGCAGGAGUUUCACAUCUACACGCUAAUAUCGAGGAAGCAAGCCCAUGAGCUGAGAGAGGUGAGAGGAGGUGAUGAGGCUCGGUUUAAUUAUCUCUGUGAGACGCUUGGUGUGAAGCUACUGGGAAGAAAGGGUUUAGGGCCAUCUGCAGAUUCCGUAAUUGCUUCGAUUAAGGCAGAGAGGAGCAAACGCAGUCAAAGUCAAAAAUCUUCAUCGUCUGGUAUUUCGAUGUCUAAAGCAGCAUUGACAAAACGCAAGUUAAUCAGAAAGGCGAAAAUUGUACGCAGCAGCAAUAAGCUUUCCAUCCCAAGCAAAAAUAUCGAGUGUAAAGCUCGUGGCAAUGGUAAUAACAUUGAGCAUAUGGCACAUAAUGGUAAUGAGGAGCCAUCUUCAACAAACUUACAUAAUGGUGUUGAGACUAUGGAUGAUAUGAGAUGUUUUUACCCGCAGAAUUUGGGUCAUAAUAGUAAUACCUUAACGACUUCUAUGGGUCCUAAUCUGUCCCUAACACAUACUGAUGUUGAUAUGGAUUUACUCGGCGAUACCCACAGCAAUAAUGUCUCGUUUUGCCUGCCGAGUUCUGAAACUGAGGCGAAAGUUGUUGGCUGUGAUAGCAGCCUCGGUGCCUCAAAUAUUGUUGACCAGAGCUUUGACUCUCAAAACUAUGUCGGGGUUACUUCAGAUAGCAUUAGCUGUAUAUCUCUUCAAGAAAACAUAUUUGAAGACAUUAUGAAUGAUCUCCUUCCCCCUUCCAGUGCAAACUCUGGCACAUGGGAAUUCACAGAAAAAUUGUUUCUGGUUUUCAAGGUUAUGGAGGAAUAUUUGUUUAGUUUCACUUAUGGAGUUGAAGGCAGGAUAGAAUUUUCCCUUUCCGACCGGUCUUUGAGUAGAUUACCCCUUCUUCUCAACUUUGUCGACCCAACGAACAAAGCGAAGCGAAGUGAAGUUAUAGAAGCUUCGUUCGUUGGGUUGGCUAGGGCCUUUUAUUCAUAA